AUGGUCUUCUCAAAUUUCCUCCUGCGCAAAACACCACGUCAACACAUUCAAGAUUUCAAUCAAAUGACUCAAGAAGCUGCCAGUCGAGGCUUGGUUUAUCGUCAAGUACCCUCAAAGAUCCCGCCUAGGCACGCACGGGUUGCCUUUUAUGACGGAUUAUGGAAGAUCGAGGAACUCCAGCGCGCCGAUCUUUAUGCAGACAUACCGCUUGAGCCCUGCGGAGGGCUUGACUUGCGCAAAGUCUGCGCAACCUGGGGUUUGGAGGGCUGCCAGCCGAUCGAUCCAAUGCGAUGGACGGUAUUCGAACCAGGAAAUCCGCACUUCCUCUCGAGCGUAGCAGUCAAGGUUCUCUCCGACUACGAUGGUUGCAUCAAGAUAAUAGAACCUCCCUUGUCCGAUUCAGCUCAGCAGAAGCGGCGAAUGCGCGAGUCCACCAGCGACAUUACAGUUACCUUCAUAUCGCUGAUGGCAAUGAUCCCGCUCGCCUUACAAACCUAUGCGUCCGAAUUUGUGGACGAACAUACGUCACUCGCUCGCAUUUACCGAAACUCAUGGCGAGAACGCAAGCAGCUCAAACGCAAAGCGGCGUCAUGGGUGACGUGGCUAUGUGGCUUUGAGAUCGACUGGGCCGCCGCGGCGAGGCUAGUCGUCGUGAUCGUGACCUUGGUGAUGCUUGUGGCCGUCAUCACUGGCAGAGUCGAGCUGGCUGUCCGACAGCGAGCUCGCAAUUGGGCUCACACAGGGUCUAUCUCUUUAUAA